UUAAGGUACUAUAAAAAAUGCCAUGCUUGAAUUUUCUGACAUCAAAAGUACACAUUUAUAUGUGACAUCUCUCUAUCUCUUAUCAGCUGAGCCGCCAGGCUACGAAAGCUACUUCAUAACCACGUCUGCACUCUAUAGGUCAAAUACUAAACAGUACAGAUGUGACAUCGAGAAAUCUGGAGGUCGCAUUGUGUACAGAUCGAACACUAGCAGUAUUGAACUUAUUAUUGAGGCACAAGAGCAGUCCCCAAAUGCCCGAACUGAGUACGCUUCUGUACUUGUGUCUGUACUGCCCUCAAACCUGAACCCUCCAGUCAUUACUUAUAAUUCAAACACAGGAUAUAUCUUUGAGAAUUCCUCCGUUGGUGCAAGAGUUUAUACUGAUGCAGCAGCCAGUACAACGUUAUUGAAGUUGGCAUUUACAGACCCCGAAACCUCCUCAUCAGAUCUUCCAGUACAAUUUACAACAACUGUGAGUGCUGGACAACCAUUCGCCGUGACACAAGAAGGCUACAUUGUACUCAAUAGCUCUGUCCUUGACUACGAAGCCACGACAAAGUAUGUUCUUACAGUCACUGUCACAAAAGCAACUUCGCCAUGGUAUUCAGCCACAGUUACUGUCACUGUCAAUGUUCUGAAUGUCAAUGACAACAGCCCUGUCAUACUGGUACCUGACAAUUACAGUGUAACAGUGACAGCUGGCAACUAUACCACCACGGCCCCACGGGUGAUUGUAACGGUCCAGGCCACUGAUAUAGACUUUGGACCACCUCAGUUUAAGCUCAACAGAGUCGUCCCAGCUAACGCCACUUCCAAGUUCUCGGUCUCACAGAAUGGUUCCCUCAGUGUCACUGGGUCACUGAGCCCGGGUGACGUAUUCGCUGUCUACGUGACAGCAUCAGAUCUUGGUAAACCGGUCAGAAGCACUGAAGCCUUUGUAGUCGUUAGUGUUCCAAUAAGUUGCAGGAAGUCACCCAGAAAAUAUCUUGUGUACAUUAACGAGGAAGAGACUAUCAACGCUACAGUCUAUGUCCCUAUUGAAGGUCAGCCGUUGCCGUUACCUUAAGCAGCAAUACAAAAAUUACCUGGAGACAGUAGGGCCAUUUAUGUUUCAGAUACUUCAUUUAGUUGUUUUAGUAAAUACAGAAUAUAGUCUAUGUAGUGAUAAGGAGUUCACUUCAAUUGAAGUAAUCUUCGAACACAAGAGUUUUGAGUAUUAAAUGUAAUUUUUGGUCUUCUUUCUUGUAUAUUUUACAUAGCCCAACACAGCACCUUUAAUUAAUUUUACAAUACCUCUAUUCGAGCCACAACUUUAUGGAUCCUGGGCGGGUGCAACCUGGAUACGGAUAGCAAAAUGAUUUUCCUAUAAACUUUAUGAUCAAUGCAUAUUGCUAAGAAAAUAAUUUCUAGUUCAAUGGGAAAAUUCUAGUUUGACCGUUAUAGUUUUUCAAAGUAGAAAAGAAAAAAGGAAUAAAUUUAAAUUUGGCUAAAGAACUAGAUCUAGAUCAACAUUGGUUUUAAAAGUACUAUCGCGCUCUUGAAAGGAUUAUCGCUUUUGGGAAUUUCUGAAUGUAAGGCAUCAUUGAUUUAAAAGUUUAAUAAAUUAAUGUGUAGAUGUAAAGGGCAUAUUAUUGAAAUAUUAUAACGGCUUGUAGAUCUAUUGAUUCGAUUUACCAGAGCUCUUUCUAGGAUGGAUGGGGCAGGUUUAAAAAUAUGUUCCGUUGUUUUUUUAAUCCUCAAUUCAUUAGUUAUUCAAAGAAAAACAAUCGCUCUAUAAGUUGUAUAAAGGAGAUCUUGUCUUUAAAAGAA